AUGGAUAGCCCACCCUAUUCUCUAGAACAAAUUUUGAGGGUCGCUUGUCAGCAUCCCUUCUACAACUGUGACGCCCGAUAUCCUCCAUCGCGGGAGAUGGUUCACCAUCUGGUAGAAGAAGCUUAUGUGGGCUCGAAGGGACCUGAUAUAGUGGAUUUUCCCGUCAUUACGAAAGUCAAGUUGUCUCAGGUCAUCUCCCGCCUCAUGGGCGACGACUCACCAGAUAAUGGAUACCGGCACCACUGCUAUGCCACCAUCACUGGUGGCGGGUUCAAGCGUGGUACUCCGUUACUCUGGCUGACUGACAGUGUUGAGAACCGUCAUCAUCGAGCUGCAGCUGGAAAGCUAAUUCGGAUAAUGGGUGUGAUCGAGCCCACAGAUAUAGUUUUGAAUCUGCAUGUCUCUGGUCAUUUUUACAGGUCUCUUGACAUGACAACGGAUAUAUUGGAGCACGCUGGAGCUACCGUUCUCCCCGCUGGCAGCGAGAUGCCCUCAGAAGUGGUAGUAGAGGCUCUGGUAGGGUACUGUAUAACCUGCCUCGCAGGUCCUGUCACCGAGCUCAUCAGGAUAGCAAUGCAUAUCUCACGUCUCUCGGGGUCUUUGGGCGGUCAGCUCAAAGUUUGCAAGCUGUUUUAUACAUCUGAGCCACUGUCUGCUGUACAGGAAGCAUUCCUAAAGCACGUAUUUGGCCCUGUGACCAUAUUCUCUGGGUUAGGAAGCGCAGAGAUUGGUUUCUGGGGGGUAGGCAACCCCCAUCUGACCGGGCCACCAGGUUCAGUCAAUGCCAGGGACUACGUAUAUGAUACGCGAAACAUGCUGGUGGAGAUUCUCCCAAGCGACCCUACUGGGAUAGCCACUCCUGACUUUAUGUCUGAAGGCACUCGGGGAUAUAUCACCGUGACCUCUCUACAGCGUCUAAGAAAUCCGCUAGUGAGAUACAACGGCGGUGAUAUUGGCUCGGUACACCAGCUCCCUGCAGCUGCUCGCCACCAGUUACCGCCUGAAGAAGUUGAGCACUAUCGUUUCCUCAGAAUGUAUGGCAGGGACCCCCGGCUUACUUUCACGUGGAAAUCUGAAGUGUUUGAUUAUGAAACUGUUUUCGCAAUGUUACAGAGUCCCGGAUGGAAUAUUUUGCAAAGCCAGGUUAUUUUGGAUGACCAGCAGGCUGGGGAACAACUCGAAAUCCGCCUGAUGCGUGGAUAUGGACUUUCCAGAGAAGUCCCUGACCAGGAUGUGACGUCUGAGCUACGUCGGACUUUCUCUGCUGGUGCCGACGCAUCCUUCUCCGUGACAUUCGUAAGCGACCUCUCUGCUCUAGAACGAAGUAAUACUGGGCAGAAAGUGGUUCGAUUUGUUGAUAAGCGCAAGGGCUGCUCGGGGGUAUGA